AUGGCGGCUCUGUUACCUUGCACGCCGACUAUACUCUCUUCUCCGUUUCCGAACCGGAGGAGGAGCCAUCUUCCACUUCGACCUCACUCCCACGCCUUCCCGGGUUCCACCAAACGGUUUCUUCGCGGUUCUCUUUCCGUUGCCCGGUUCGGUCUACAGCCCGGUUUUUUACCUGAACCGGAGGACGCGGAAUUCGUUAUCAAAGAAUUGUUUAACCGAGCGGAGGGUUUUCUUUACACAAUUGCCGAUGCUGCUGUUUCGUCUUCCGAUACGGUGGUUACUACCACCGCCGUUAAACAGAGUAACGAUUGGCUUUCUGGAAUUACCAACUAUAUGGAGACGAUUCUCAAGGUACUCAAUGAUGGGCUUUCUACUUUGCAUGUGCCAUACGCAUAUGGUUUUGCAAUUAUAAUGCUCACCGUUCUUGUAAAAGCGGCCACAUUUCCUUUGUCAAGAAAGCAGGUAGAAUCUGCCAUGGCUAUGCGAUCUCUGCAACCUCAAGUAAAGGCUAUCCAGAAACAGUACGCCGGGGAUCAGGAGAGAAUUCAACUUGAAACUGCUCGGUUAUAUAAAUUAGCCAACAUUAAUCCUCUAGCAGGAUGCCUGCCUGUUCUCUUAACAACACCAGUGUGGAUCGGGCUAUAUCGAGCCUUUUCUAAUGUGGCAGAUGAGGGACUCCUUAAUGAAGGUUUCUUUUGGAUACCUUCUCUUUCUGGUCCUACUACAAUUGCAGCACGGCAAAAUGGAAGUGGUAUCUCUUGGCUUUUUCCUUUUGUGGAUGGCCACCCUCCCCUUGGAUGGCCAGAUACACUGGCUUACCUUGUCUUGCCUGUUCUGCUGGUUGUCUCUCAAUACAUUUCUAUUCAAAUAAUUCAGUCAUCACAGGCUACUGACCCCAACGCGAAGAGUUCUCAAAUCUUAAACAAGUUACUUCCAUUAGUGAUUGGUUAUUUUUCUCUUUCAGUGCCUUCUGGUCUUAGCCUUUACUGGUUCACAAAUAAUAUAUUAAGCACUUUACAGCAAAUAUGGCUUCUAAAGUUAGGAGGUGCAAAAAAUCCUUUGAUACAAGUUCUAGAUGAUAAUCUGAAAAAUGACCUAAUACAGACUCAGAAGCCAGUAUCUAAACUAAAUUCCACAAAAGUUGAAGAAACUAGAAAAGUUGAAAAGUUGACAUCAGAGGGACCACAACCUGGUGACAGAUUUAAGCAAUUAAUGGAACAAGAGGCAAGGAAGAAACAAAAGAGAGAAGAAGAAAGAAGGAAGGCUGAAGAAGCAGCAGCUAAAGCUAAUCAUGAGCAAACAAUUCAAGGGGAAAAUCAAGCUGUAAACGGCUUAGUUGAAAAUUCCCAAUCAGUGGCUGCUGAUACUGAUCCAUCUAUAACUGGAGUAGUAAAUGGUAAUCCAUUAAGUAAGGACUUGGAGGGAAAUCAGAAUUCUACCUCUACAUCUGAUACUGAAAAUGGCGAAGGUUCUGCACAUUUCAAUGCAGUGAACGAGAAAAAUCUAGAAAAGGAACCGAGAGAAGUACUAACAACCAUAGCUACUACAAACAAGCUACCUCAAGAAGACCCAGAUCGUGUGGCAAAGGAUUGA